GGGUGUAUGUUACAGCAGGAAUGUGUAUAUCAACAAAGGGAUCGAACAUAAUAUGUGACUUGUGAUCAAUAAAUCCUGGCUGAUUAAUAGACGGUGUAUUUGGCUGGAGAGGUGACAAGAACAUAAAUACAUGAAGCAAAGCUCUGAAGAAAUAUUUUAAUAACAGAACCAAGGAGUCUAACUCUGAAAAAUCAAGCAUUUCUCAGAUUCCUAUAUGUUCUCAAAGGAGAUCGUAAACAUAAAUCCCAAACCUUUCCCGUGUUCUGAAUGUGAAAAAUAUUUUGUCACCAAAGCGAAUCUGGUUCGUCAUCAGAGAACCCACACAGAAGAGAAACCGUUCUCAUGUUCUGAAUGUGGAAAAUGUUUUGUCGCCAAAGCGAAUCUUGUUCAUCAUCAGAGAACCCACACAGGAGAGAAACCGUUCUCAUGUUCUGAAUGUGGAAAAUGUUUUGUCACCAAAACGCAUCUUGUUCGUCAUCAGAGAACUCACACAGGAAAGAAACCAUUCUCAUGUUCUGAAUGUGGGAAAUGUUUUGGGGAACAUUCAACUCUUGUCAUUCAUCAGAAUACACACACAGGAGAGAAACCGUUCUCAUGUUCUGAAUGUGGAAAAUGUUUUGUCGCCAAAGCGAAUCUUGUUCAUCAUCAGAGAACCCACACAGGAGAGAAACCAUUCUCGUGUUCUGAAUGUGGAAAAUAUUUGAACACUAAGGCAGAGCUUGUUCGUCAUCAGAGAACUCACACAGGAGAGAAACCGUUCUCAUGUUCUGAAUGUGAAAAAUGUUUUAUCACUAAUGCAGAGCUUGUUCGUCAUCAGAGAACUCACACAGGAGAGAAACCGUUCUCAUGUUCUGAAUGUGAAAAAUGUUUUGUUACUAAUACAGAUCUUGUCAGUCAUCAGAGAACUCACACAGGAGAGAAACCGUUCGCAUGUUCUGAAUGUGGAAAAUGUUUUCGGCAAUAUUCAACUCUUGUCGGUCAUCAGAAAACUCACACAGGAGAGAAACCGUUCUCGUGUUCGUCAGCUUAUUCGUUGUCAGAGAACUCACACAGGAAUAUAGUAUAUGUGGGAAAUAUUUUGCUAGUAAAUCAGAGCUUAUCAGUCAUCAAAUAUCUCACACAGGUGAGGUGA